AUGUCGACCAUCCUCCGUACUUUGCGCAACCUCCGCAGCAUCGGUCUGAAGGAAUAUGGCCACCAAUUGCACUAUAUUGGUGACACCAAGCGUGGUACUCUGAUUGGAAUCGAUCGCUUCGGUAACAAGUACUUUGAGAAUUUGGAGGAAGAGCUACCACUACGGACACGAUGGGUUGACUACAAGAACGACGAAUAUGACCCUUCACAGAUUGAGCCAGGCUGGCACGCGUGGAUCUCAUAUAUGGUUGACAAGUCGCCAGCCGAGGACACCCUCCUGCAACGUUCGAUACGGGCUUGGGAACCGAAGCAGCAUACCCCCAUGCUCACGCAGUCAAGGAGUGCUUUCAAGACAUACAACACCACCAAGAACAAGUAUGCGCCGUGGCAACCGGUAGCUGCACCACGAUGA